CACACACACACACACACAUACACACACACUGGACACAGCAGAUGAAUGACUUCCUUCAUCAGCUUACAGAAUGUGUUGGACCAAAUAAAUGUGCCCCAAACACUUUGAAGAGAUUUUCUUACUUUCUGAUUUGCCGUCACGAGAGGUGAAAAUGCGGGACAUGCUACAGAGGCUGCAGACCCUCCGUGAGGAGCAGGAGGACUACGAGCCAGAGUUCUAUGGAGACGAGUACGAUGUCGACAAGGGGACGCUGUCUCAACAGGCGGUGAUGUUUGAGAACACCUCCCUUCUUGACAACAUCUUGAAGGAGGCCCAGUCCAUACGCAAGGAGAUUUCUCUACUAGACUCGGGGGUGGAGCGUCUGGCGAUAAAUAACGAACGCUUCGGCACCUCUGUGCGGCGUCUCACCUUACUCAAAAAGGAUUCUGACUCGAUUGCCAGGGGGAUCCAGCAACGCGGGGGGGCUCUGCAUACCCGCCUUCAGGCCCUGGGUCAGGAGAGCGGCCAGCUGGAGGAAAGCGAGGGUCCAAACUCCGCUGUGAGUCGCAUCGCCCGAGCUCAGCAUGACACACUGUCCCAUUUGUUCCGUAAGGCCAUGAAUAACUACCAUGAGGCAGAGGAGAUGCAGAGGAGCGCCUGCCGGCGGAGGAUCAAGAGGCAGGCCUCUAUUCUGGGAACUGAAAUCACAGAUGAACAGCUGGAUGGGAUGGUGGACAAAGGUGGCGAGGGAUGGACGGAGCUGUCCCAGAGCCUGCAAGGUGCACGCUCGACCCGCUGGGCCAUGUGCGAGAUCAAAGGGAGACACAAGGAGCUGGUGGAGCUGGAGGUCCGGCUGAAGGAGGUCCAUGAUCUAUUCCUUGACAUGGCCAUGCUGGUGGAGGAGCAGAGCUCCAAAGUUAAUAACAUAGAGGCUAAUGUGUGUGGUAUACUGGAAUAUACUGAGAAAAUCACUGUUAACAUCAAGAGGGCCCUGCAGUACAAGAGGAAGAAUCCUUGUCAUCAAUGUUGUCCCUGUCUACCCUGUUGGAAUCCCAACAAACUACUUUAGGCCUUAUAUAGAAUGAAUAGAAUUUUAUGGAUGAUUUGAAAAAUACAAACCUUUAUAUUAUAGGCUGAAAAUAUAUGUUAAUUUGUUUAAUUCAUGAUAAAUUGAGACUUUGCACUCUCACAAAAACAUAUUCUAGCAGCACACUGCACUUGAGGUGUGAGGCUUAAACGUUUUCACUGUCUAAAAUGUAACUUGCACUUAGAUCUCUGACCCAGAUAAGUUAUUUAUUUGUUUACAAGCACUCAAUUGUGUUAAUGUUCUGAAAUCAAAUUGAUGGUUUUAAUCAAAUCUGCUCAUUAUUGUGGCUCUUCUGAAACCUCUCAAAAUAAAUUUAUUUUUGUAAAAAAAAAAAAA